CGAUAAUUUUAAGAAAUAGACCUUCCCCAAACAACACUUUAAGUGAGAUAUUUUGUGAAUAGUUGUUAAGAAAAAAAUUACGUUAUGGUAGCAUGGGCCCAAACCUAACUGCCUCUUAUAUUUUUCCCCUACAGGUAAAGUCACACCAUGUUUCUCUCUUGUAAACUGCCCAGAUUCCAUGGAAAAUAAUGUUACAGAAUUUAUCCUCACAGGUCUUUCCCAAAAUGAGGAAGUGCAACAACUAUGCUUCUUUUUGUUCUUACUCUUUUAUAUUAUCCUCAUGGCUGGGAAUUUUCUCAUUAUAAUGACUAUCCAAAGGAGCCCAAAUCUCAAUUCUCCAACGUACUUCUUCAUUAGUUUCCUAUCCUUUGUCGACAUCUGCUAUUCCUCUGUUACAGCCCCCAAGUUGAUUAUUGACUUCCCAGCCAAGGUCAAAAGCAUCUCUUUUGUUGGUUGUAUGAUCCAGCUUUUUUAUUUUCAUUUAUUUGGCUGCACAGAUAUCUUUAUCCUCACAGUGAUGGCCUAUGACAGGUAUGUGGCCAUCUGUAAACCUCUGCGCUAUACAACUAUCAUGGACUGGAAGGUCUGCUCCAUGCUGGUGCUGACCUGUUGGUUGGGAGGUUUUGUGCAUUCCUUUAUCCAGACCAUCCUCACUGUCCAACUGCCAUUCUGUGGCUCCAACCUGAUUGAUCACUAUUUCUGUGAUGUCCACCCUCUAUUGAAGCUGGCUUGUGCCGAUACAUAUGUGGUGGGGCUGAUAGUGGUAGCCAACAGUGGCAUAGUUUCUCUGAGCUGCUUUGUCAUCCUUGUGGGCUCUUAUACUGUCAUUUUGCUUUCCUUCAAGACUCGCUCAUCAGAGGGGAGGCGCGAGGCGUCUACAUGUGCUUCCCACAUCACUGUGGUGAUCUUGUUUUUUGUACCCUGUAUCUUCAUCCACCUAAGGCCUUCCACCACUUUUACUGAGGACAAGAUGGUGGCUGUGUUUUACACCAUAAUCACACCCAUGUUGAACCCUCUGAUCUACACCCUGAGAAACACGGAAGUGAAGAAUGCCAUGAAGAGAUUGUGGAUCAAGAAAUUAUUGGGCAAAAAUAGGAAAGACCCUGAUGUGAAACCUGAUGGGAUUGGUACAGCCUAAAUUGUAUUAGUUUCCAAAAGUGUUGCUGGGAAUAAAUCAGUCAACAUCCCUUAAACCCUAUCACACAAAGGAACAGUAUAAUGUAGCAUAAAGAGUCUUAGAUUUGAAGUCUAAAGAUCUAGUUUUAAGGGCCUACUCUACCAAUGAGUAAUAGUUUGACUUUGGGCAAAGAGAUACUUCUUUGUAGGUGUCCUGAGGAGAAUAAAUAACCAUACCAAAAAAAAUUAUGAAACACAGUCUGCUUCAUAACUUUCAUAGUACUAUUGCC